AUGCAGCAGGAAGAGCAGAAAGGUUGCAUGCCAUACCACAAGUGCUUAACCAGAUCGUUUACAAUCGCCUCAUGGGACAAACUUGGAAGGGACCUAGACAGAAAAUUGGCGGAGAAAGAUCUGCGGCUAGGAACUAAAGCCAUAUGGAAACUAGUCAAAAAUUGCUUAGUAGAUGACGUGUGUAAGGCAGCAGUGGUAGGAGGUCAGACCGUACUCGAGGUGGUCCAGGAUGGGAUGUCAGAAACUGAACGUAGUGAGAGAUUAGGCACGUGCAAGAGAAAGGACGUCCUGAAAAAGAAAAAGAGCCCUCCCGAACGAAAGGUAGAUAAUAGAAAGCUUCUGCCGCGGCAGUCGCCAACCGUGCCCCCUCCGUAUGAGGCGCGCUCUUGUGCAUUCUCCUUAGUCCCCGAUAGGGUGAGAAGGAAGCUGCGCAUGAUGUUCCCAGUCUUUGAGACGCAGGAGGGUGAGCGGGUUCAUGCCCCAGUCGAAUAUAACCAAAUAAAAGAGCUGGCGGAGUCUGUCAGAAAGUACGGAGUUACAGCCAAUUUCACCCUAACCAUUCUUGAAAGGCUGGUCCUAAAUUAUUUGACACCCGCCGAUUGGCAGAUGAUUGCAAAAGCGACCCUUGUGAACAUGGGCCAAUAUAUGGAAUGGAAGGCCCUUUGGUAUGAGGCGGCUCAAACACAGGCCAGAGCUAAUCCCACGGCGUUAACGCCUGAGCAGCGAGAAUGGACGUUUGAACUCUUGACAGGACAGGGUCGCUUCGCAGCAGACCAAGCUAAUUACCAUUGGGGCGCUUAUGUUCAAGUCUCCAGCUCGGGCAUUAAGGCCUGGAAGGCACUCACCAAGAAAGGAGGGGCCGAUAAUCAACUUACUCGUAUCAUCCAGGGACCUCAGGAACCAUUCUCAGACUUUGUAGCCAGAAUGACAGAAACUGCGGGACGAAUAUUUGGCGAUGCGGAGCAAGCAGCACCUCUUAUAGAACAGCUCGUUUUCGAGCAAGCCACCCAGGAAUGCCGGGCAGCUAUAGCCCCCAGAAAAAAUAAAGGAUUACAGGACUGGCUCAGAGUCUGCAGAGAGCUCGGCGGGCCCCUUACUAACGCGGGCUUGGCGGCCGCCAUUCUCCAGUCCCAGCCACGCCCCCUUAAAGGGACAGAUACAAGAUCAUGUUUUCAAUGUGGAAAAAUGGGCCAUUUAAAAAGAGACUGUAGGAUAACCAAGGGAGACAGGAGGCCUGCAACUAUCUGUGUCCGAUGUGGCAAGGGCUACCAUAGGCCUGACCGGUGCCGCUCAGUGAGGGAUAUUAAGGGCAAACUACUCCCUCCCUUAGAAGCUCAGCCUAAUGAGAUGUCAAAAAACGGAUCGUUGGGCCCCCAGUCCCAGGGCCCUCAAAGAUAUGGGAACCGCUUUCAGAAAGCCAUGACCCUGACAGAGGAGACUCCCCAAGAGGUGACACAAAACUGGACCUGUGUGCCGCCUCCGACUUCUUUCUAAUGCCCCAGAUGGGCAUUCAGCCAAUUCCUGCUCAGACUGUGAGGCCUUUGCCCCCAGGAACCAUAGGCCUUGUCCUUGGGAGAGGAUCUCUCGCCCUACAAGGACUGAUAGUCCAUCCAGGCCUUGUUGAAGCUCAGCACUCUCUUGAUAUUCAGAUUCUUUGUUCAA